GGGGUGGGAGGCCGCGCUUUCUGAGGAGGAGACCCGGCUUAGCUAGGGGUUCCAGUGACAGCAAAAGAACCCAAGAAAAAUGUUGGCUUAUUUCUAGGAUCAUUAAAUGGCAAUGAAGCAGUCAAACUCAUGAAGCUGUCCAAUAAUGUGGAAGUGAUUACAUGGUGGACUUGGAGUUCAUCCUUCAAAAAAGAAGAUCACCCUAACUGCCCACAAUGGCUACUGCAGAGACGAUGACCAAAAAAGUAAAAUGCCCUACGUUAGAAAUUACUAAGCAAGACUUUUUUCAAGAAGCAAAAAGUCUCAUUGCCCAACAUUAUGAGAAAAUGAAUGAGAAUAAAGUUCAAAGUACUUCUAUAAAUGUUUUUAAAAAUAAACACCAAAAACCAAAAUCUGGCAAAUAUAUACCUUUUGGAAUUAAAAAAAAGGAUAUAAUUAAUGUGGUCCAGGAACAUCAGACAGCACUCAAAAAUAUUUAUCCUCCCAAGGAGCUUUCCAAAAGUGAACAUUUUGAAGAGCCCUCACAACGCACUUGUUUCAAAGAGCCCCACCUUUUUAGUAUGAAAGAAAAGUGCAAGCCUAUAGAUAUAAUUAUGAAAGAACAGUUUCAACUGGGCAAAAUAAUGACUAAUAUUGAAUCAGUGAGUAAAAAAAUGGAGAAAGAAAAGCAGCAGCUCCCAGGGAAGUCCAGAAUAUUGGAAUCACUGUAUCCCUUUCCCAUCCAUCCUGGCUUGCCUUUACGACCCGGGACCUCUUCCAUGGGAUAUCUGAAAGAAGCUGACAAAGCACUGUAUGAUUGGAGAGGAGUUGUGUCGACAAGGUCUUCCCGUUUUGCUCGUGACCUCAGUCGGAUUAGUUCCUCUAGAUCGUCAUCAAUAUUUCAGAAUUAUUGCACUAAAACCCUUGUGAAAAAAGAGCAACAACGUGAGAAGCCAGACUCAAAGCCACAGUCCAGGACAAAAUACAUCCUAAGUAAAAAUGCUAAACUUGACGAUAAGGUUAAAAGAAUUGGACCACACAUAGAAAUCUUCCAAGUGUUCCGAGAAAGAAACAAAUUCAUAAUUACCAAAAGAGUGAUUAGAAUGAUCACCAUCUUGCAGGCAUAUGUCAGGGGGUGGCUUGAACGGAAAAGAUUCCAAAGAAUAAUGACCAAGGCUUUGUAUCAUGGACCAAAUUUGAAUGCAGUCAUAGAUAUGUAUCGCAGAGUAAUCCACCGUGUUCGGUACCGGCUUGGUCUUUGGAGAACAAGACAAAUUAUAAAUUUAUCAGAACUAGAGGAAUGGAUGGACAGAAAAAAAUUCUAUGAAACAAUGUUUGCUAAGAGAGAAGACUGGCAAGAAUUAGAAAGAAGUGAGCUCUUGAAGUACUUCAAUGAGUGUGGUCAUUUCCCAACCCAGGCACAAAUUGAUGAUGCUUGGAACCUGGUCCACAAAGAUAAGCAAGAAAAAUAUUCUGAACAAAUCAAAAAGUUCAGUGCAAUUGAAAUGUUAUUUACACUCUAUCCUCCUCAAGGUGCCCAGGUGCGUAAUUCACGACUCAGGUCAACUUGGCUGAGACCCAUAGUAAAUGGGGAAGAAGGAUAUAAAUAUAUAGUGAAUGGACAUCCAAUCCUCAAAAGAGCUAACAUCCGUGUUGUUGGAAGGUUGGUGAGCAAAUCCAUAAGAGAAAGGAAAAUGAGACAGUAUUAUAACUCAGAAGAAAUGGAAUGAUCUUUUCAGCACAAUCUUGUUACCUUCAGCAGCUGAAUCUGUCUACCUAAGAGAGAAAUUAACAUUAGCCCUGGAUUUGUUCUGUGUCAACAGGAGAACACACAUCUCUGUAUAUAUGAAGAAGGACUUUGACAAGUCUACAAUUUCUGAACAUCU